AAUACUCUCUCGACCAGUGUCUUGUUUGCAAAGUUUUGUUUACAGUCAUCAUCUUCCUGUUUGAAAAGAAACAGCAAUGGAAGCAUCAAAGAGAAUCGAGCACGAGAUCGGAGGUGUGAAGAACAACGAUGCACUUCGUUUCGGACUUCAAGGCGUCAAGAGCGACAUCAUCGGAUCUCAUCCUCUCCAAUCCGCCUUUCAAUCGGCAAUCGUCAGAGAAGAACAGUUGAAGAGGAAAAUUCUUGCAAAUACAUACGGAUCCGCUUUUCCUCUUAAGCAGGAGUUUGACCGUAAAAUUCUUUCUAGAUUUCAAAGGCCUCCCGGGCUUAUACCAUCCUCCAUGCUUGGACUAGAGUCAUUAAUCGGAGCUUUAGAAGAUUUUGGUGUUGAAGAUUACCUCCAAGGUGUUCAUGACACUGAAACAAUGCGCGCCCCGGACAUGCAUCAUGGAAUGGAGGUUCGUGUUGGGCUCUCAAAGGGACCUGUUCAUCCCAGUUUCAUGUGAAGCGUUUCUGUUGCAUCUACGGUUUCAAGUCUUGUAGACAUUUGUGUUUGAAUUUGAAUAUGAUCUUGGACACCUGCCUCUAAAUGAUUGUAGAUGUAUGCUAAACAUGUUUUAUGUGUCAUUGCUGAGUACUUUAAAAAAAUAUUUCUUAAGAUCA